AAUAAAUCAAAGAACGGUGGCUUCUCUGUACAGACGGGAAUUGAAUUGAUGGCCCAAGUUUGCGGAGCAUUACCAGACGCUUCCGUGGUUCUUCUGUCCGCCGGUGGCUGCCGUUCGCCGGAGCUCAGGAACUUCAACUCAUUAUGUGAUACCAAGUUCUUUCUCUCCUAUGGUUUCCCCAAAAAUUAUUCUUCUCAUAAUCCAAAGUUAGCUGUUGGGUCACAAAAGCUGAGAACAAGGAGUUUUAUGGUCAGAGCUUCUGGAAGCUCAGAUGGUGAUCAUACCCCACUGGCUCCACUUGAACUGGAAUCUCCGGUUGGUCAGCUUCUGGCCCAGAUUUUGCAAACUCACCCGCAUUUACAUCUAGCAACUGCUGAGCAGCAGCUUGAAAAUCUAAAAGUCCAAAGGGAUGAUGAGAAAGAUCAAAUGGCGCCAUCAUCUCAAGAUCUGCUCCUCUAUAAGAGAAUAGCUGAGGUGAAAGAGAAAGAUAGGAAGAAAACUUUGGAGGAGAUUUUAUAUUGCUUGAUUGUACAAAGAUUUGUAGAUAAAGGUAUAUCAAUGAUCCCUAAAAUAUCAGCAACUUCAGAUCCUGCAGGCCGUGUCGAUCUUUGGCCAAAUCAAGAACAGAAAUUGGAAUCAGUACACUCUCCAGAAGCAUUUGAGAUGAUAAUGAGUCAUCUAUCUCUUGUUCUUGGCGAACGGGUUGUUGGACCCCUGGACACAAUUAUACAGAUCAGUAAGAUAAAACUUGGCAAGCUCUACGCCGCAUCAAUCAUGUAUGGAUAUUUUCUCAGAAGAGUUGAUGAAAGGUAUCAACUUGAAAGAUCUAUGAACACACUCCCCGAAGGCUUUGGCGAGGAUCUGGUCACAUUUGAAGAGCCCAAACCAGAAAGACAGCUAUGGGAUCCCGACUCUCUGAUACGUAUCUAUCCUGACGAUGGUGAUGGGGGAGGGAUUUUGAAUUCCAGCAGUGAGGAAAAAUCGUAUAAAUUGAGGUCAUAUGUUAUGUAUUUGGAUGCAGAAACACUGCAAAGAUAUGCAGCCAUGAGAUCUAAAGAAGCAUUAUCAUUGAUCGAAAAGCAGACGCAGGCCUUGUUUGGAAGACCUGAUAUUACAGUUAAGGAUGAUGGUUCCCUCGACACAUCUAAUGAUGAAGUCGUCUCGCUUACAUUUUCAGGACUAACAAUGCUUGUACUUGAGGCGGUUGCUUUCGGAUCAUUUCUCUGGGAUGCAGAAAGUUACGUCGAAUCCAAGUAUCCUUUCAUAAACAGCUAGAGUUUGUUCUUCAGAGAUCAAAGAAGUUUAAACCAGGCAUGGAGAAUGCAAGGCUAAGCUAGAGUUUCUGUAAGAUUCUGAUUCAAUUUGAAUUUCUAUAUUGAGAAUUUGAUGAAAGAAGUUUGGGUUAGAAGCAAAAGUUACAAAAUGGUUAUGGAAAAAUCAAUUAGUGAAAUAAUAUGCAGUACAUUCGAUGAACAUAGAAAUGGAAAAAGCAUGGGCAGAGAUGAAAUUUUUUUACUAGUGUAAAAAUUGCAAUAAUGAUGACUAGAAUUUACCAUUCUCUUAA